ACAUAACAUUGCCCAGAAAGAGUUGAAAUUUGUUUCUAAGCACAUAACCCUUCUUGGAAUUCCGGGCACGGAUGAGGAUAAAUUUUUGUAAGGUUGCUUUUUUAAUAAGCAGUGUACCCAAGCAACAUGUUGGUAGCCCACAAUUGGUUUGUUGUCGUCCUUCUAUUCAGCUGGAACAUUUCAGAAGCGGGCGAACAAGGAAAGAUCAUGGAAUUUCUGGGAGUGGAAACUCCAGAAAACUGCCCGGAGGGAAGCUACGCACUGAACAAGUGCGACGAACGCUGUGAAUGUCGGGAUGGCAAGCUAACAAACUGUUACCGGGUGCGUAAAGACUUCAUCAAAAUGGGCAUCAACCAAAGACGGCGUUUUCUCAACGCGUACAAGAUGGCGUCGACGCAUCCGGCUUUGAAGGGAGACUAUUACAGAUUGGUCGCUUUUCAUAUCGCCACCCCAAACGAGCUGCUCCAUUUAUCACCCUACAUAUUUUUCCCGUGGCACCGAUGGUUCUUGGUUGAGUUCGAGAAUCUUCUACGCAGAAUCGACUGUCGAAUCACUCUUCCGUAUUGGAACUGGAGCCGAGUUGCUGACCGAUGGUGGAGUGGGUCUGGUGACGAAGACUUCUGGAGCCCUGGCGACCACGGGUUAGGUGGGGAUGGAAACCCUUCAGAGUACCAGUGUGUCGAGGACGGGCCUUUUAACAAGGAUCAAUGGCGUCUGCUCAAGAUCACAGGAGGUGGGUGUCUGACAAGGAAUUUUAGUUACGUCAGUCUAACCGGGAAUCCGGAACAUCUCCUCAGAACACUAGCGCUACCACUGGAAAUGUUUCUUGAGUUUGAGGAAAUAGUCCGUUUGAUUUAUCAUAAUGAUAUUCACCACGUUGUGGCUGGAACGAUGUUUACAACAUCAGCUUCUAAUGCUCCUGAGGUGAUCCCUCAUCACUCCUUCCUGGACAAGAUCUGGCACCAAUGGCAGAAAAAAGGAGACGAUUACAAGUUUGUUUACUUUCCAAGCAUUCCUAACAAGUUGCCCAUGCUAGAAUACUACGGUUGGCAAUGGCUGGAUUCAGAUAACCUCCCUGGUGGAGUGAAAGUCACGUAUGAAGAUUAAGAACUAUCAAGAAGGCAGGCAAUCUUUUGGUUGGUCACGCAAAGAUUACGUGACGAACCCAGGCAAUCUCUUGGCUGGUCACGCAAAGUUUAAGUGCCAAGCCCAGGUAAUCUCUUGGUUGGUCUUGCAAAUAUUACGUGACAAACCUAAAGAUUGUCUCGUCACGUUAGGCUUCUUUAAAAACUGUAGUGGUUACAAAAAGAAUAACAGAGCAAAAUAAUUUGACAGGGGUUUAGGGAUCAGGGCAUACAGUGUGGGGUAUUUUUAUUUUGUUUAUGUAAUUCUGUUUGAUUUCCUAAUCAAUUAUAAUGAUCCAAAAGUGAUAUACUGUAGUGGAAAGUUUGCUAGUAAUAUGAUAAUCAAGUAUGAUAAAUCAAACUAGUGCUGGGCGAUCUAAUUUGAGUUAGGUAGCCCAAAGAAGGGUGCUUAUUGGUGACUGGGGGUUUAUUCACGAAUGGGAGACAAUUUAUUUUUGUAACCUUGACAAUCCAAAAGCAUGCAAACUACAAACUGUGAACUUGAAUGAAAAGUCUAAAAGAGAGCCACUGGAUUUACAUGUAAAUCAGUCAAUUCUUACCAAAGAAAAAAAAAACUGUUUCCAAUUCAAAACAAAACAAGAUAUCAUAAACUAUACCUCUCAAAUUUGGGAGCAUUUUUAUGGUAAACACUAAUGAUUAUUUUAAUUAUUAUCUAAGGGUAUUUGUUUUAACAUGACUGUUAGCUGGAAUACGGGUGAUUUUAUUAAACACCUUUAAAUGUGUGGUAUUACUUGAGGUGGUGUCAAUUUCUAUUUCUUGUGCUUCUUGUCAAGUGACAGAGAGCUCAACAAAAUAAUCAAAUGAGGAAUUCUCGUCAAGGUGAAACUACUUAUCAAAAACAGGGGACUGUCAUAGACAACAAUAACUGUCAAUGUUAUUAGUCAUUGACUGAAAUUAUUAUGAUCACCCUUG